GGAUAGUAUGAUAGAAGCAGAGGCUGAAAAGGUAUCCCAAGGGGAAGAACCAAGCAUAUUUGCCAUCUAUCAAGAAGUGAUAGGAUCACAAUGCCCCAAGCGUGUUCUAGGGAUCAAUGGGUAUCAUGGGGUGAGCUCGGUUGAUGUCUUCGGUCCCCCAUCGAGUCAGGGUUGCAACAAGCGUUGUCAGGAGGAGCGAACCAAAGAAAGGGAAAAGAAUUAUGAGAAAAUUAAGAAGUUGGAGAAUGAGAUCCUAGAUGUGAGGAAUGCAGUCCCUCACAUCGUUGAAUCUAUGUUGCAGAGGCCAGAGGCUUGGAGUGCGGUUGCCAGAGUCAUUCGAUAUCAACAAUGAAGCCAACGGGGAACAUGGUCGAGUUAGCGAAAGUUAGGAUAACGAUGAGUUCGACGACA